CUUCUCCACCACUCUCUCAUUCCUCUCUUCUCCGAUUUCCACCUACCUUCUUCACGGAGCAAAUUGCGCCACACCUCCGCUGAGUCUUCGACAUUUUCUGCGUUUUCAUUCUCCAAAUCAGGUGCUUUGAAAGUCACAUAUGUGAAAUACAAGGCAUGGACAAGGCUUAUGAAGAGCUUGAUGACGCUAAAGCUGAGAUUGAGACACUCAAGGCAGAACUAAGAAGCAAGACAGAUUCACUUGAGAACUUGAAGCGAUUCCAAAAUGCACAGGUCAAUCAGAUACGGGAAGCAAAGCUCAAAAACGAGAAACUGGAGCAGGAGCUGAUUCGAAAGGAAGAUGAAAUCAUUGUGGUAAAGCAGAACUGUGAAGAUCUCCAGGGGGAUUUGAAUAAAAAAGAAUCCAUCAUCAAACAUCUCAGUGCUGCGAACGAUAAACUUAGAGGGGAUUGUGACAAAAAAUUGAAAAAAUGGGAAGAUGAGAAGAAAGGGUUGGUAUUGGCGUUAGAGGAGGCAGUUGAGAAGGCGGAGAAUCAAGAUCAGCAGAUUCAUGCGUACAAACAAGAGAUUGAAAGCCUGAAAGGUUGUCUUUCAGCUUCUAAGAAGUGUUUGGAAGUAGAGAAAAAAUCAGAAGCAUCCGAAGAGCGUAGAAAAAGUGAUGACAUAUUACAGAACUUGGAGGAUGAAAACAGGAAGGUGGCAGAACAAUUGAAAUGGAAGAAGGAGCAGUUCAAACAUUUAGAAGAAGCACACGAGAAGCUUCGAGAACAGUUCAGGUCAAGUAAGAAGGAGUGGGAGUUGAAAAAGUCAUCGUUGCUUGAUGAGAUUUCUUCACUGCAGAUGAAGUUAGAUUCUCAGACCAGAAUAUCGGAGAAUCUGCAAAACCAGUUGCAGAUGUGUAGCCAUGCCCUUGCUCAUGAAGAAAGCCGGAGAAAACGCCUUGAAGUUCAACUUACUGAUUAUAAAGAACGUUUUGAGAAUGUCAGCAGUGACUAUGAGAAUGCUAGGUUCGAACUGGACCAAUUCAACUCUCAGCGGGACAAAGAUACUGGAGAUAUGAGAUAUUCAUUGAAAACAAAAGAAGCACACUGUAAAGAAUUAAAAUACAACAUUCAGAAGCUGGAGCAAGAAAAUAAAGAAUUGAGGGUAUCACUGAAGGAACUCCAGGAAGCUCAUAUUCAAGAAGCAGGAGCUUCACAUUCUCAGUCUAAGUUGCGAUCUAAGCUCAGAAGUUUGGAGAACAUUCAUAGAGAGUGCGCCUUAACUCUACAAGCUAAAGAAGUUGAAUGGAAGUUGCAGCUAGAAAAAUUGACAGGAGAGCUGAAUGGGUAUCGGUCUGAAUUGGAAGAUAAGAAAGAAGCAGCGGAAGAGCUCAAGAUGGAGUUGGAAAAUAAGACAGCAGCAAUGGAAGAGCUCAAAAUGGAAUUGAAAAAUUCUGAUUCUUUAACUUUGGAGCUAGAUUUGCUGAAGGAGGAGAUGUCUUUGUCACUGCUCGUUCUUAAGCAGGGAAUUUCUGAGGCUAAGAAGAAGCUGGUCAAUGAUAAGGAGGAGAUGGACCUGAUAAACAAGGACAGAGAAGACAAAUGUUUUGAACUGAUGAAACAGUUGGAGAUGAAAAAUGCUGCUUUGAUUGAAGCCCAGAAAUACAAGAAGAAAGAGCUGGACUUAAUUAACAAAGAAAGAGAAGAGAAGUGUUCUAAACUGAUGAAUUUGUUGGAGAUGAAGGAUGCUGCUUUGAUCAGGGCCCAGAAAGAGAUCGAUGAAGAACGUGAGAAGGUAGCACGCGUCAUGGAGGAGGUUGAUUCCUUGAAUGUCACCAAGGAACAGCUCCAUUCACUGCAAAAUGAACUCGAUAGGUACAAGGAAAUGCUAGAGGAGUCCACAAAGUGUCAACUUCUCCUCAAAGAGAAGACCUUGCAGAUGGAAAGUGAAUCAAGAGAAAAGCUUCAAGGAGUUUCUGAUGCUUUGGACAGAGCAAAUACUGAGUUGGACGAGAAAACGUAUGAAGUAAAUGAAAUGGAAUAUGAAUUGCAAAUGUGGACGUCAAUUGUUGAACAGUUGAAGAAUGAUCUUGAAGAAAAUCAUUUGAUACGUAAAGAACUAGAAAACUCACUUCUAGCACAAGUAGAUUUUGGUGAAACCCUCAAACAAGAGAAAGAUAACUUGAUUUAUAAGUUGCAAGAGAAUGAGACAAAACUAGCUGAUCUUCGGCAACAGGUUAUCUUACUGGAAGAAGAGCUAAAAAGAAGGCAGUCACAAACUUCUUCUCCAGCAAGGGGGCAAACUGCGGAGUCUUCUGAGACGGAUAAGUUGAGACAUCUCCAAUUCAUAGAAGAGAAAGACACAAUUUUGGAGGAGCUCCAGAAAAGGUUUCGUUGUCUGGAACAGGAAUCAUGCAGAGGAGAGUUGGAGCGUCGGAAAAAGUUAGAUUUAGAGAAACUCAUGCAUCAGGCGGCUUCAAUGGGACAUCAAUUCUCUACCUCCUGGGUCUCCUUCUCUUCACAGCUUGCUGAGAAGCAGGCUGAGAUUAAUUUGGUCCAGGACGCUUGUGAUAAGAUUACAACAGCUGAGAUUAUAGCUAUUCUUGAAAAUGAAGAGAGGAAGUUGAUGAUAGCAGAACUUGAAGACGAUAUCAGUAAUCUUGAGCAGAAACUGAAAUUGCAGGAGGAAAGAUGGAGCCGGACUGAACAACUUGCGUCGGAAAUGGAAGCAGAAAUGGAAAUAAAACAGUUAACAUUGAAGGGGCUGACUGAUAAAAUAGAGACUAGGCUCAAAAGCUCAGAUGCCUCAUAUCAUAAACUCAAGAUGGAGAAUAGAAAUUUGCUUGAAAACGUCACUAGAUUGUUGUCAGAAAGGGAAAAUUUGUUAGGCUUCAUCACGAGACUGGAUGAAAAAAUAUGUGAAUUUUCAGCCGCAGACAGUCAACUUAUGGAUAAGUUGGGAAGCAUUGCUCAAGGGAUGAAUUUUUCAAAGGAGGAUGAAUUUCUCACAGAAGAGAAUAUUAAUAUGCGUUCUCCUGUGGCGACGAAGAAAUUGGAGGUCGUUUCUAAUAUAAGGUCACCAUUUAAGGAGCUCAACAAUUAGUAGGACUUGGGGAAAAGUUACCAGAUAGACGUUGUGUCUGUUUGCGGCUUCUGCCGAAAAUAUAUGUCAUGGUUUUUAAGCAUGACGAUGUAUAUGCUCUAUUCAAUUGAUGUGUAUUUUCUUGUGUAUGAAACUUCUAAAUUUUCAACGACUGUUCCUCAAGUUAUUCCCAGUUC